CGAAAGUGAUACGUACUACCUACAUAAUGCAAUGAAUCAUUCAUUUGUAUGUGGUGAUACCAUGAAUUUAAUAAGUACUUCGGUUGUACGGAGUACCUACUAAUUCCAUGGGUGAUACACCUACGAAUGCUUACUAUAGUAGUAAUAAAGAUAUGAAAAACAACGUAAUUGAAAACAAACCUUUCUACUAGUGAUGUGCCAGGAAAUUCACUGUUCUCACUUCUCAGAAAUUUCUUAUUUUCACAUAUAUAUUAACAUUACAUUAAUGUUUUUAUAUCUGUGCUUAUUUCGUGUUUAGGCCAAUAAUACUCGGUAUUCAUUAUCGCCUUGCAUUAAUAGGUUUCGGUACCAUUAUUUAUUUGUAAAAUGGUACUGAAACAUUCGUGCGUGAGUCCGACUCGCAUUUGCCCCGAAGAUUUAGAAAGAAAUAAUCGAGAAAAUCCAUGUACUUACAUAACUUAUGUAAUAUAAAUCCGUACAUAUUAUAAAAAAAGUCCUCAUCGUUUUCUCUAAUAAAUUAUGUGAUUCCUGAGGAAGUUUAGAUGUGUUAAAUAAAAACUAGUGUUAAAUAAAACAUCGACGCCUUUUUUCACAUGGCAACACCGAGAGAAACGUCAAAAUCAUAACGCUUGUCAAGCAGUAUCAACAAAAAAGAAAUCAAUGUUUUCAUUUAUUUUUUGAGUUGUAUUUCUUAAUGAAAAUCAUUUAAAAAUGAAAGUAUCUACACGUAAAGGCCCUGUGUUUGAUCCUGGCCUAUGCCGGUGUUGUGGUAAUAUGAAAAAAUGUCGUUUGUUGAACGUCGAGUACGAGUGGGGUGGGCAAAAGGAGAACUAUUCCGAUAUAUUUGUUGAUUGCUUCGGUUUAUACCUGUCCAAUCUCGAUGUUGAGCCGACCGGGCGUCUGAUCUGCGCUACGUGUGUCACCAGAUUAAGAGAAGCCAACUCGUUCAGGCUACAAGUGUUGCAGUGCGAACAAAGAUUGCUUCAGACAGAGAUACAAGUCGACGGCGACGGAAAUGUGAAGUCAGAGGAACCUCACAUCAAAGUUGAAACACUUGGUGUUAAUAUCAUCUCGCCGAGACAUUCUCCUGUUGAGAAUUAUGCCGGUAAUGAUGAUGACAGUGUAAAAAGUGAUCCAGAAUUUAUACCCAAACAGAAAGCUAAACAUAGAAAUAAGACUGUCAAAGUAAAGAAGAAAAAGUUGAAGAAAGAGAGGGGAAAAGAUAAUGGUGAAAUGGAAAAUGUGUUGAAGUAUGAAUCUGUGCAUGAGAGGUUGCAGCAAGUUGAUGUGGACACCAAGAAACCUAAAAAGAGUUACCAAAUAAAUGACAGUGAAUUAAAAACAUUCCAGAACACUUGCACUCUAGUGGAAAACACUUAUAUUUGUCCAUUUGACACUUCAUUCUCAGAUUACUACUGUUUGUAUUGUCGGGAGGUCCAUACGGACCCUGAAAAAUUACGAGGCCAUACUUUAACACAUGACCCAACAAUAUUCAAAGAGGUCUUUAAUAAAAAAACACCACAAAUAGACAUAACGAAAAUUGACUGCCGAAUUUGUAAUGCAACAAUAGACAGUAUUGAAAUGGCCAAACAACAUUUAGUUAAUUCACACGAAAAGAUCAUUCAUGAGGUUAAUAAUGAAUUUUUGAAAUUCAAAUUGACUGCAACAAAUUUAACUUGCUUAGAAUGUGGAGUGACCUUUGGCUUUUUUCAUGCCUUAAAAAAACACAUGGCUGAACACUUUGGCACUUGUAUUUGUGACAUCUGUGGAGCUCAUUAUUUCGAAGAGAGAAUGCUGAUGUUGCAUCAGAGGACACAUCAGAGAAUAGAUGAGAAUUUCCCUUGCAAAGAGUGCGGGAAGUGUUUCAAGUCUAAACAUAGCCGGUACUUGCAUGUGGCGAGGACACAUAAGAAAGAGCCAGCGUAUCAGUGCAAUAAAUGUGACGAGAUUCUCUUCUCAUACUCUUUAAGGUACAGACACAUGAUAGAAGUGCACGGUGAACAGCGAAUGUAUCCAUGUGAGUCCUGUGAUCGUACAUAUGACAGCCGUAAAAGUUUGAGGGAGCACAACCGAAGGUUUCAUCUCAAGAUAUUAAAGCACCAAUGUGAUUUGUGCGAUAAGAGGUUUUAUUUGCCUUCCCGGUUGAAAGAACAUUUAGCUACACAUACUGGGGAAAGGAAUUAUAGGUGUGAAUAUUGUGGAAAGAGUUAUCCAAGACUACGAGGCCUGAAAGUCCACAUGCAGUCUCACAGUACAGAAAAGAAAUUCAAAUGUAUGUUGUGCACAGCAGCGUUCACACAAAACAUCAACCUGAAAAACCAUAUGAAGAGGCAGCAUCAGACCGAAGGCAGUUAUCAUGAUGUUGCCCAGUGAUAGGGGAUUAUGCACUACUAAACUGAGAUCUAGUAUUUUUAACAAAGUAUGAAAAUAGACUUGUAAUUACACUACAAAGAACAUAUAUCAUUGAAGAUUAUAAGGUGAAAUCAAUUAAAAAUCGACAAUAUAUAGGCAAUUACAUUUAUUUUUCCCCUCCAGCCACAUUAUAAAAUUUUUUGUUUGUGUUGUCUUUGAUGUCAAAUUCUAUAUUGCACAUGUUAUCUAGAAAGUUAUUUGAAACAUUCAAUCAUAGUCCUAAUAAAGAUUUAGUGGGAUUAUUUUAAAAAAAUGUGUGCAAAUUUUUUAUUACAAUAAAAUAAUUUAAUUUCCAAAAAAAAAGCAGUAGCUAUCUCGCCUGGCCGAAGAUUUUACCAAUUUCAGUGACAUAAUAUUUUAUUAUAUUGUAAUUUAUAGCCAGAAUGUAUUUAUCACUACUGUAUAUAUUGUAAAUAUGAAUAUUAAAUAUGAAUAUUAAAUAUGAUUCGAUCAAAAA